UUAUUCAGGCUUAGUUCUCGCGCGCACACGAACGACUCAUUGGCCAAGGACUCUGUUGCCAUUUUGCCUCUUCUAGAUGGUCAGAGACUAGUGUCAUUGGCAGUCAACUGAGCGAGGACGAAACAUGCUUCGUAUAACUUUCCUUCGCGUCCUGCUGCUCGGUUUGUUUGGGAUUUCAGCGACAACAGCACAGCGAUUGGAUGACCCAUGUAUUCUUGACCUGGCAUUCAUCAUAGACGCAUCUGGUAGCAUCGAGCCUUAUUGGGAAGAUGUUCGGAAGUUUGCCGCCGGAGUCGCGAAACUGGUGAACAUAUCGUCCGAUGGAUCCCAUGUUGGAGCGGUUAAGUUCGGCGAGACAUCCAAAAUAGAAUUUGGGUUCAAUGAAGGGCAAAACGAAAACACUGUUGUUCGAAAUUUGCUUAAUCUAGAUCCCCCUGUUCCGGGUUCAAGAACCAUGCUGCACUCAGCGCUCGAAAAAGCAAACGACGACCUUUUCAACCCACAGACAAAUAGCUUCCGAGAAGAUCCCAAUGUACGGAAGGUUGUUUUAAUUAUAACUGAUGGUGCGCAAACCCCUCCAGAAAAACCUGACAUACCAGCUGACAAACUGAAAAAAAGGGGUUUUGAGAUUUACGCCAUCGGUGCCGGAGAUGCCAAAUCACAUUACAGGGAAUUGGAUAUGUUAAGAAACAAAGAUUUGUUCUUUGUCAAAAGGCCGAGUGAACUUCCAACGAAAGUUGUCGAUGUGGCACAAGCACUCUGUCCGAGGUCGAUUGAAACCACGGUUAUUGGUCCCCCAGGAGAGAGAGGAGCAUUCGGCCUUCGGGGUGACGUCGGGGCACCAGGCCGUCGCGGAAGAACAGGGCCAGCCGGAUUAAAGGGUUUCUCAGGGGUCAAAGGUGCAAUGGGCGACCUUGGAGAUCCGGGGAAUCCAGGCCCUCCCGGCCCCCCAGGAUCGACGGCCGGGCUACCGAGUGUACCUGGCGAAAAAGGUCCAUUAGUUCUAGUUAAUGUGGUACCUGACAUUCCGGGCGGGAGGAUCGGGCAGCCAGGAGGCUCUGGGGAUACAGGGCCAAAGGGAUAUGAGGGGGCGUUCGGUUUUGCCGGAAUAACAGGAAGUCCCGGAGAUGAUGGACGUCAGGGAUUUCAAGGCCCCUUAGGUCCUUUUGGGGAGCCUGGCCCGGAUGGUCCAGAUGGACCUGCGGGCCCAAAGGGAAGACCCGGACCUGAAGGAUAUAGAGGACGAAGGGGACCAAUGGGUGAUCCUGGACCAUUAGGCAAUCCUGGUCCUGUUGGAUCUAAGGGCCGAGAAGGACGAACUGGAAUCGCUGGACAGCAGGGACAGGAUGGUGAACUGGGUGAUACCGGUGACGUUGGCAAACCAGGACCUGACGGAUCAGUGGGUAUGAAUGGAUUAAGCGGAGUGAGCGGACGGCCCGGUUACCCAGGCCCUUCAGGUUUCGAGGGAAAAGAAGGACCUGCUGGUGCACCUGGAACUCAGGGCUUUAAAGGAGGUCCCGGCAGCCCAGGAGCGCCGGGUGAUCCAGGAAUCAAAGGAAGCCCAGGACAGGGAGGUGACACAGGCCUCAUGGGCGAUACCGGACCCACAGGUGAAAGCGGAUCUGGUGGACUGCCGGGAACUGACGGAGUGACGGGUUCUCGCGGGUCGGUUGGUAAACAAGGGGAAUUUGGAGGCCCGGGCGAUCCUGGACCAGCAGGACCUACGGGAGGAGAGGGACGUUCAGGAGAAACCGGCAUACCAGGGGAUCUUGGAUCAACAGGCGGCAAAGGAGCAAAGGGUGAGCUCGGAAGACCAGGAAGCACGGGAUCCACUGGUGAUAAAGGACCAGCGGGUCUUGCGGGACCAAAUGGUGCCCGAGGAUUUCAAGGUUCGCCCGGUAAACAGGGUGGCCGUGGCGGAGCGGGCAGUCCCGGAAGAAAUGGCGAAACCGGACAAAGAGGAGUGCGGGGUAGUGAAGGAGAUCCGGGUGUUAUGGGUGCAAUGGGAAUAACGGGAAUGACUGGAGGACGUGGGGGACGAGGAUCCAGAGGUGUUAAGGGAGAUGGGGGUGCUUCAGGCUUACGCGGUCCACCAGGAAUAACCGGAUCAAGAGGUUCUGAGGGCAGACCAGGAUCUAGUGGAGUUGCAGGCGCACCAGGAAGUUUGGGCGCUAAAGGCGAUGAUGGUUUUCCAGGAGAGGACGGUGCACCGGGUUUUCCUGGUAAAUCUGGAGGCGUUGGACUUGUUGGUAUGAAAGGAGUUGAGGGAAUUGUUGGAAAUGAUGGAAGUCAAGGGGAACGAGGAUCAACUGGACCAAAGGGUGAAUCAGGUGCCCCAGGAGGUCAAGGUGCGGCAGGGGCACCAGGAACCAUGGGUCUCCAAGGUCCUGCAGGGUCCCAGGGAUCAACUGGGGACGUUGGUGAUGAGGGAGCUCCUGGUUCUGCCGGUGAUGCGGGCUCAGCAGGAUUCAGUGGCCGCCAGGGGCCCAAAGGAAGCUCAGGUUCUAAUGGAGUUUCUGGGAAAAGAGGAAGAGCUGGUGAACCUGGCCUUAACGGAGUAAAUGGAGAUCCGGGCUUGCAAGGAUUAGCUGGACUUCCGGGAGACGAAGGAGGCAUGGGAGAACCUGUAUGUAACGCUUUUAUACGUGAGCUCUUGCAAUCCUCGGAUGUUGAGUUUCAAUUUUUCUUUCAGUUUACCACAAAUUUGUGAUGAAGUUGCUUAUAGCAAUUUUGUGUUGAAGUAAUAAAUGUAUUUUCUUUGC